AUGAGUUUGCCACCAGCACUGCUGGCCAGAUUGGCCCAACGUGGCCUGGUAAAUAAACAAAAAUCACAAAAGGAAAAUGAACCUCCAGUUCCACCAUCCCAUGCCGCUGAUAAUGAAGAAGUCAUUGCCGAGGAUUAUGAUGAAAUGGACACGGAUCAUGGUCCCGGCCAGAAUUCCGAUGAUUAUCAAUAUCCAUCACAAUAUGAUUUGGACCACGACACGGUGCGUAAACCGGUAGAGGAAAACAAUUGGUUGGCCCAGAUGAAAACACGUAUGGGUGAAGCUAAUUCUGCUGCCGGUUAUCGUUGCUGUCCCAAUAAAUAUAAUAUUUGGCAUAAAUGCACGGUGUACUGUGUGAAUCGUUGGUCCGAAGGUAUUCCGCGGCCAUCGCCCGAAUAUAUGAAACGUUAUAAACGACUGAUACGCAAGUAUCCAUUACCGAAAGGAUGGGUAGAGAUGUAUGACCCUGGUUGUGGUUGUUAUUAUUUUGCCUGUGAAGCCGAUAAUGUUGUAUCGUGGCUGCCACCAACCCAUCCGAAAUCGGAAAUCACCAAAUGUGCUGCUGCCGUACGCAAACAAAUGGAAGAAUCAACUGGAGAGGGUGGCACAGGUGUGGAUAGUGAUGCCGAGGAACAGAGUGAUAAUGAAGGAGAUGGCAACGCAAGAGAAUCUGCCCAAUCACGUCAUCAUCGUGAGGUAGAUGAAAUUAUUAAUGCCUCAAUGCGUUCCAAAUCCCCACGUUCCAUUGAUUCGCAUGAAUUUCCUAGUCUACAAGAAGUUGCGGAUAGUCCAUCGGUGCAAUUGCCACGAAAACAAAAAUCUCGUGAUUUGGAUAGAAUUGGUCGCCAGCGUAGAGAUCGUGACCGUGAUCGUGAUCGUUAUACAUCCAGCAGUAGUCAUGAUUCAAGACGUCGUCAACGUGAUGAUAGUGAUAUUGUAGAUCCUAUGGAUCCAAGUUCUUAUUCAGAUGCACCACGUGGUAAAUGGUCAGAUGGUUUACAAACGGGUGAUGGCGAUGACAGAAAGAAAAGAUCUGGUGAUGAUACAGCAACAUCGAAACGUGAUAAAGGUGGUAGUAGCAGCAGGCGAAGAGAUGCACGAGAUCGAGAUAAUAAUUCGGAUGAUGACGACGAUGAUGAUUAUCAUUAA